ACGCGGAUGACGUCACGGCGACCUGUGACGUGUCAGGCGGUUGACAACAUAUCCGGUGUUGACUGUCGGUCUGUGUUCGCAGUUGUCUGUUUAUGAGCGUUGUCAUAGCAGGUUUAAGUGUCAAUAUAAAGACACAGAUCAACUUAGAAGUCUGUUUGGAAACCUGCUUAUUUAACAUCACAGCUGGGAGCUUCUAGAUCUGACGCAGAGGAGUGCUUUAUUAGCUCUGGUGGGCGAGCAGCUUUCUCAGUGCUGAUAGGCUGUUAGUCGUGACGUGUGACCAAUCAGAGCACAUCUACAUGCACAGAGAGCUCUAACAUGAGCAGCCAAGGAGGUGAGGAGAGAUGCAGCCAAGAAGCUGGAAAACCGAGAGAACAGGAGCAACAGGAGGAGGAGGAGAACUUCUAUGACUGUGAGGAGACCUUCUAUGACUGUGAGAAGACCGUGGAACCUUCAGAGAGAAGAGGGAUGAAGGAGAAGAAAGAGGAUGAAGAGAGCCGACAGGAUAAAAGCGUGUCAGAGGACUUUCACGUUAAAAUGAACAAAUUGACUGAUAGCAAAGACGUCACAGAUAGUGAGGGAGGAGGACAGGAGGAGGCGCAGGGUGACAAGCCACAGGAGGAGAAGCAGGGUGACAGGAUGCAGGAAGUGAAGCAGGACGACAGGCUGCAGGAUGAGGUCCAAAGUGACAGGCUGCAAGAAGAUGUGCAAGACGAUAGUCAGCAGGAGGGGGCACAAGGUGACAGCCCGCAGGAGGGGGCGCAAGGUGACAGCCUGCAGGAUGAUUCAGAAUUUAAGGAGGAGAAGAGUCAGGAGGUCGAGUUUGAUGAUGACUACCUGAGAGAGGUGGAAAAGGAGCUGACAGAGGAGGAGAAGGAGAGCCGAAAACAGCAAAGUUUAACUCUGAAAGAACAAGGCAACAAACUGUUUAAAGCUGGAGACUGGUUGGAGGCGGAGCGAAGCUACAAGGAGGCGUUGGUUUUAUGUCCAGUUUGUUUCAGCAAAGAGAGAGCCGUGCUGUUCUCAAACAGAGCUGCUGCAAGACUGCACCUGGAUAUGAAGGAUCAGGCGAUCACAGACUGCACUAGAGCGAUAGAGCUGAAUCCAGACUACGUGCGAGCGCUGCUAAGAAGGGCAGAGCUUUACGAGCAGACGGAUAAGCUGGACGAGGCUCUGGAGGACUACAAGAAGGUCCUGGAACUAGACCCAAACCUGACCAGUGCCAGACAGGCCUGCAUGAGGCUGCCUCAGCAGAUUCACGAAAGAAAUGAGAAGUUGAAGGAGGAGAUGAUGAGUAAACUAAAGGAUCUGGGAAACGUUUUCCUGAGACCUUUCGGACUUUCCACCAGCAACUUCCAAGUGAACCAGGAUGCAAACACCGGCUCCUACUCCAUCAACUUCGUCCAGAACCCAAACAACAACAACAGAUGACAUCACAGCCGUACAGUCAUAACAUCACAGUACAGUAACAUGUAGAUCAACCUGUGUGUAUUCAAAGGAGAAUAAAAGCUGACCAAUUUGUUUCCUGUC